AUUUUUUUUUCCCCAAAAAGAAAGAACCCUAACGUCGCUUCUUAGGUUAACCAGCCGUGAACCGUGCCCCAACUCCUCCUUUGCCAAUCCGGAUUCGCCGGCGGCUUCGCUCCCUAGAAAAAGGCAGUCAUUUGUAGGUGGAAGGGCUUCUUCUCCUCCGUAUUUACGAUCCUAGUUACCCAAUUCGCUGCCUUUCUUGUGCCCUUUAUUUUCCUGUCCUUUUUUCAGCUGCGGCGAUCGACAAAAGCAGAAGAAAAAUGCAUCUCACGCUCGAAUUCGGCGGCGGCCUUGAGCUGCUCUGCCAAUCCAUCAAGAUCCACACCGUGGACGUCAAUCCAAAACCCGGAGAGGAGAAGUUAUUGAUGCGUGACCUCUUGUCCUGGGUCAAGUCGAAUCUGAUUAAGGAGCGGCCUGAGAUGUUCGUGAAAGGGGACUCGGUGAGACCUGGAGUGUUGGUUCUCAUAAACGAUUGCGACUGGGAACUUUGUGAUGGCAUUGACACUGCGCUGGAAGAGAAGGACGUUGUGGUGUUCAUUUCUACCUUGCAUGGUGGUUGAGCAUCAAGCCUGCAGUCGAGUGAAGGUUUUUCUGGUUCAAUUUUCUUCUUGUUCUUCAUUAAGACAACAAAUUUCUCUCUUUCUCGGGGCAUGCUUCGAUUGUUCAUCAUUCAAUUAUCAUCGAGGAAUCCUCCUCAAGCAGGGCAUUCACCAGGAAAUGCAAGCUGUAAAAUCCUAUAGAUUUCUCUUCUUUAUUUAUUUUUUGUUUUGUUUUGUUUUGUUUUCUUUUCUUGUUAAAAAGAUGACGAUUCACCCAAUUGCAUUAGAAAGGAAUGAAAUUGCACUUA